UCCGUCAUCACUGCAACCGUGAAUAUCUCGGCGCCAAGGCCAACCUCCUCCAUCUGUUCCAUAGUUUUGCUACUUUCAUCACUCUGCCAUUAGGGCUUUCUAUCGCCACUUUGAUUUCUUCACCUUCAAAGUAUCAACGAAGAAAUGCCCAUUCUCCCAAUUUCUCUCGCAAUUUCAAUCCCUUCUCGUCCGCCCUUAUUCUCCUUCUCUCAGUCUCUAACUGGUUCAAACCACCUCUCAUACCUUCCCAAUCGGAUGCCGAUCCUCACAAAGACCACACCACUUAUUCGUAUGGGCGGAGGUCCUAGAACUUAUCCCGGUGGAGUGUCGAAGUGGCAAUGGAAGCGGAUGCAGGCCAAGAAAGGUAAGCAGCUGCUUAAGGCCCGGCUGUGCCGUGAACGCCAGAUAUACGAGAUGCGUAAGCGGGCUGAGCUUAAGGCGGCUGUAUCCCAGCUGGAGAGGCCGUGGGAGGUUGUGGAGAAGGCUCCCAAUUUGUUCUCUGUUGGCGCCGAUGAACAGGUGAAGGUUUUGGCAGAUAGGUUUCAAAGGCCUGGUGGGUUCGAUUUGUGGACGGAAAGAGAUGGGCCUCAAUUGUUUGAGACGGUUGACGAACUACCUUCUGCAAGGUUUUUCCCGAAAGGGGUGGUUCACAGUGUAAGGCCAUAUAGAAGUAUUACAGGGUCGGAGAGUUCGUUGAGUUUGGAUUCGGAAGCUGGCAAUGAAAUUCCAACUACUUUUCAAGAAGAUAAUUUUAGGACUCACCGGAGGUCUUCUAACCGGACAUUGAGAAGUUUUUCUGUGGAUAAAGGGGAAGAUAACACAAAUUACUCGGAUACAGAGGGUUCUUAUCCUCGGCAUUCCUCGGCACCAUCAAUUAGUAAUGGUACAAAAGGAAAUAUAUACGAGGAAAGAAGAACCAGGAAUGGACGAACUGAAAGAAACCUGAAGUCUUCUAAGAGAGAGUUGAAACCGGGAAAAAAUGGAUUGGAUAGAAGACAAAGAGUCCCUGGUCCUCAGGCGCACAAUGGAAAUACACAGUAUGGAAGUGGCAAGGAUUUCAGGCGAUCCAGGGGUUCACAUUCUGAAGUUUAUGAUAUGAGUUUGGAGCAAGAUGGGAGUUACAGAUUCCAAUCAAUGAAAAGUCAGUCAACCUGAAUGAUCUGACCCAAGUUAAAUCUCUAGUGGAGUCAAUUUAGUAUUCCAAUCAUAUUGGCUGAAGAUGAAGAUUUCAAUUUGGCUUAGUAGAAUUGCUGGAGCUGAACUGGAAUGGCCACCCAGAUGGUGUUUUUUGGCUGAUAUCUGGUUAGCUGGCUGAGGUGGAUGCCUUUCUAAGUAUGUUUGUUAUACACUCUCACUUCAGCAUAUCUUAUGUACAUGUGUAGUUUUUGAGAUGAGUCAGAAAUACUUUAUUGCAUAUCCCCUGUAUAUGUCUUUGUAUAAUGCAUUAACUUAUCAAAACUUUUAGUUAUAUCAAUUUGCUCUACAAUUUCUCGCUGCUUUA